AGCUGAUUCUUUAUUUACCAAUUAAUUUUCGAUGGAAAACGCCAGCAAGGGAGACAAUUAGAAAUUUUUUAAAUAAAUACAGAUCAGUGGCCGCAAAAUGUUUGGGAGCCUAAAAAAGAAGCUGAGCAGUGCGAUUCAGGAGGGCCUGGUGAUAUCGGAGAAUCUGCAGCAACAAUAUCGCCAGCGUGUCAGUUCCGGAAACUCGGGGAGCACCCAGACCAGUGGACUUACGACUCCCACAUCGCCACUGGGGCUCAACGAGAGUCUGUCCUCCAGCAGGAGCAGUAGCCUCUCCCUAAGUGCUCCCUUCCAGCUGACCGACGGUGUACCUAGCCAUCUGAACGUGGCAGCGGGCUGCAGUUUGUUGGCCAAGUACGAGGACGACUGGCAACAGAUCCAUGGGGCUAACGAGGAGAAUGCGGAGAAGGCCGCGCAGAUUGCCUCCCAAAUCUCCGGAGUUCAGAACAAGGCCAGCAAUCAGCGCAGGAUCAUCAGUGAGCUGAACAGCAGUCUGGCGGGAAUUCCCACGCUGAAUGCCCAACUGCAAGCUAGCUCAAAGGUCCUUAACGCCCUGGAACAAAUGGGCCAGCAACUGGAGGUUGAGCUGGAGAAACUGGAGGAUCUGUGCGAAGAGUGCGAGCUCCAGGAGUUUAUCCUCGAGCAGCAGUUCCAGCUGUCGCGACACAAGCAGAGGAAGCUCAACGAACUGGAGCAGUAUCGCCAGCAAAUAGCCUCCAAGCAUCAAUCCAAAAUCAAUGAUCAGGAGCAGAAGCUAUUGAAACUGCAGAGGGAACGGCAAGCUGUCUUUGACGAUGCAUUCCGCGGCGACAUGGAGGAGUACAAACAGCACGGCCAGCUGACCAAAAUUCAAACCACCAGCAACAAGUUGGCUUUGGAGGAAGUGGUCCUUGAGGCAAACGAAGUGGAGACAAAGGAUGCUCUGGAGCAAUUUUUGAAUGGAUAAUUUACGUACACCCCGCAAAAGACUCACUUUUGUGCCUUUCAGUGCAAUAAGCAGUGUAAAUUGUUGAAAUAUUCUAUAGGGGAUUCCAGAUGUAAGCCUGCGUUUGCCAAUACCAAAAUAUUUGAUACUGCUUUUGAUAUUUGAAAAGUCGUAGCUACAUCUUAGAAACAGAACCUAUACAAAGGGUUUUUAGUUUGAAAUAUUAAGUUUCAGUGCCAAACUGAUUUGUAUAUUAUAAUUCGAAAAAAUUCUCUUUUGCCAAAAAUUAGCUGAAAGUAUCAGCAAAACCUGCAGGACAAAACAUGUUUUGAGAAACAAACGCAAAAUCAAAACGAAUCUUCAGGAAUCCCCCAUAUAUUUACAAUUUACAAAAUUAGUUGAUGUGGCAACGACACUGGGUGUUUUGACAGCAUUUCAAAUAAGCGUUGUUUUUAUUAUAUUAAUUGUAUUUCGAUUGUACACACCUAAGUACCUUCAGAUGCCUUGUAUUUUAUAUGAAUAUAGAAAAUAUUAAAAGAGACGAACAUGUUUAUGA